GUCCACCUCUUGAAAGUGAGUGAGCCAAUCUGUUUUUUCUUUUGUAAAGAUAGACAUUAUUUCUUUAUUUUUCUGCCAAUAUAAGAUAUUGGUGCUCCUACAACUUUGCAUCCCCGGUUCCAAAUAAGAACCAGAAAGAAAGCAGAAACAAGAACAACUUCGAUGGAGCUCAAUUUUCCACUUCUUUUAUUGGACUUUCCCACCUCGUAGAGAGAACAAACUGAACCAAGUAGCAAUCACCAGUAACAGAAGAGCGAACAAGGUAGAGAUGGAGGAAGAGAGCAAGAAACACUUCAUCCUUGUUCAUGGGAUGUGCCAUGGUGCAUGGUGCUGGUACAAGCUUGCCACCUUACUAAGGUCGGCCGGCCAAAGAGUUACUGCGCUUGACCUGGCCGCCAGCGGCGUGCACCCCAAGUGCCUCAACGAGCUCCGGUCGUUCUCCGACUACUAUGCGCCUUUGAUGGAAGCGAUGGCCUCGAUUCCAUCCGGCGAGAGGGUAGUCCUCGUCGGACACAGCUAUGGUGGGUAUGGCAUCGCCCUUGCCGCUGAAAAAUUCCCAGAGAAGGUCUCUGUUGCUGUUUUUGUUAGUGCUGCAAUGCCCAGUAUCUCUGCUCCCUUAUCAACCAUGGAUCAGGAGUUCUUCAAGAGGUAUCCACCAGAAUUCUUUAUGGAUUCCAAAUUUUUUAUCAGCCAAGACCCUCAGAUAUGUUCUACUUCUAUCGCUCUAGGCCCCAACUACAUGAAGGCAAAGUUGUAUCAGUUAUGCCCACUGGAGGACUUGAUGUUGGCUACCAUGUUAGUAAGGCCAGGUAUUUGGUUACAAGAUGACCCAACCAGUGGAGACAUGGUAACAAAGGAGAACUAUGGAUCGGUAAGCCGGGUGUUCAUCUCGUGCAAGGAGGAUCUAUGUCUGGAAGAGGACUUCCAGCAUUGGAUGAUUGCAGAAAGCCCAGGGGUGGAGGUGAAGGAGAUCGAAGCUGCUGAUCACAUGGUCAUGCUCUCCAAGCCCAAAGAGCUAUGCAAUCUCCUGCUUGAGAUUGCCAAUAACUACAAAUGAAAAAUGUUUCAUGUGAAUGAUGUUACAUGAAUAAAGUCAGUCUCUAAUGAAUGACUGAUUGCUUUA